AAGACGGCUGGCCCGACCAGGAUCAGUGAUCUUCUGCAAGUAUGACUGAGCAAAGCUUACAAAAAGCAGAGGAUCGCACUGGGACGGAACAUUUGAGGCGCGGCGGCAGAGCGGGCGGGAAGCGGGCGGCAUUUGGCGGUGCACAGGUCAGAUUAGAUUGCAGAUCUCCUCCCUUUCACCUGGGGCCGCUGCGCUAACUUCUCUCCAUCUUUACUGGUUCAAAGUUGUCGUGAUUCGUGGUUAUGUCAGUGUGUAUGGUGGGCUAGGACGAAGAGGAUCAUCAGAGUUGGGGCCAGGGGGAGCUUGGCUUGGAGUGGCGCAUACGUCAGCAGCCCAUGACCUCACAUCUCACUCACACAAACUCACUUUUCACUGCGACUUUCAAUGCUUCUUCUCACUCUCACUUUCACUCACUGUCACUCACCCACACAUGUUGGGCGAAGGAUUUUUAACUCCCCGCAGAUCUCUUCGACAGAAGCUUCCAAUUCGCCUUCUAGUCUGAACUUGGCAAAAGACCCUGACCACGCACUACAUCAAAAAAGACGCGGACUGGACGUCGGCAUAUCCACUUCAUAGCGCCGAGAAUCCUUCAAUUCCUUCCGCAUGCUACACGGGGAUAUCGCACUUAUCUCGUGCCGCCUCGGCUUAUUUGGCUUUGUGAAAAGUAUUCUUUGGAUCUACAUUUGAGUAGAGACUCGUAAGACUCAUGAGACUCGGGCGCACCUCUCGGCCGGGAAGAAACUUGAACCAUCCAUAAUUUCACAUAGCUACCCUAGCCAUGCACUAUACUCAUCCCAUCUCAUCGUCUUGCG